GCGAGGCCCUGCUGCUGUCGCUAUCGAGAGUUGCAGUUGUUCCCGGGGCUGUGGAAGGACAGAGCGCCGCGGUCUCCCCGCCCCCGGAGGCUCGGCCCGGUCCGGGCCGGUCCCGCCCCUGCCGGUUUCGCGGCCAGUCCUGGGCUCAUGGAGAAUAAAGGAACUUUUUGGUUUGGCUGCAGUCACAGGGAGCCCAGGACUGGUGGGGAAACCAACGCAUGGCCAUCAGGCUCAGACAAGUUCAAGUGGUUGCUAAUGUGAGAAGACAACAUGCCAUUUUGAAGUAUGACAGAAGUCCUGAUGCUGCAGCAGAGGUUAGGAAUAUUAAUGGCCAAAUCUAGAGAGUACAUGGUCUUCUAAAGAAGCCAUGGGUAGCUGCUGUAGCUGUCCAGAUAAAGAGACUGUCCCAGACAACCAUCGAAACAAGUUUAAGGUCAUUAAUGUAGAUGAUGAUGGUAAUGAACUGGGUUCUGGCGUAAUGGAACUUACAGAUACAGAACUAAUUUUAUACACCCGUAAACGGGAUUCCGUAAAAUGGCACUACCUCUGUCUCCGUCGCUACGGCUAUGAUUCAAAUCUCUUUUCUUUUGAAAGUGGUCGACGAUGUCAAACUGGACAAGGAAUCUUUGCCUUUAAGUGUGCUCGUGCAGAAGAACUAUUUAAUAUGCUACAAGAGAUCAUGCAGAACAAUAGCAUAAAUGUGGUAGAAGAACCAGUAGUAGAAAGGAAUCAUCAUCAAACUGAGUUGGAAGUUCCAAGAACCCCUCGAACACCCACCACUCCUGGUUUCGGUGCACAAAGUUUACCUAAUGGGUAUCCCAGAUAUCCCUCCUUUGGAGAUGCUUCAUCACAUCCUUCCAGCAGGCAUCCCUCUGUAGGAAGUGCACGGCUUCCUUCAGUAGGUGAAGAGUCAACGCAUCCAUUGCUUGUCGCAGAGGAACAAGUGCACACCUAUGUCAACACUACUGGUGUACAAGAGGAAAAAAAAAAUAGAUCAAGUGUGCAUGUACCGCUGGAAUUAAGGCUUUCUAAUGUUGAAACAAACAAGACAACAGAAGAACAGAAUUGCACUGAUGACCGAGAUGCUCAGGUUCUUCUGGAGCCUGAAGGAGUCAAAUUUGUUUUAGGACCAACACCUGUUCAAAGACAAUUAAUGGAAAGAGAGCAACUGGAGCAACUUGGGAGAGACCAAGUUAGUGGCAGCAGUACAAACAACUCUGAAUGGGACACUGGGUACGACAGUGAUGAACGUAAAGAAACACCUUCUGGUAAUAAACUAGUGUAUGAAAAUCUAAAUAGAUUAUCAAUCCCUAGUGCCUCAGGAGUCAGGAGAGGUCGUCUGACAUCAACAAGUACCUCAGAUACCCAGAAUAUUAACAACUCUGCUCAAAGGAGAACUGCAUUGUUAAACUAUGAAAACUUGCCAUCUUUGCCUCCUGUUUGGGAAGCCCGCAAGCUAAGUAGAGAUGAAGAUGACAAUUUAGGACCAAAGACCCCAUCUCUGAAUGGCUACCACAAUAACCUAGAUCCAAUGCAUAAUUACGUAAAUACAGAGAAUGUAACUGUGCCAGCAAGUGCUCAUAAAGUAGAAUUUACACGACGUCGGGACUGUACACCAACAGUCUUUAACUUUGAUAUUAGACGUCCAAGUUUAGAACACAGGCAGCUCAAUUAUAUACAGGUUGACUUGGAAGGUGGCAGUGACUCCGACAACCCUCAGACUCCAAAAACUCCUACCACUCCACUUCCACAAACUCCAACCAGGCGCACAGAGCUGUAUGCUGUGAUAGACAUUGAAAGAACUGCUGCUAUGUCAAGUUUGCAGAAAGCACUGCCACGAGAUGAUGGUACGUCUAGAAAAACUAGACAUAACAGUACUGACCUGCCUAUGUGAGCCCGGGAAGCGUUAAAUCAUUUGCACCUUUUGUGAAGUUUAUAAAAUUGAAGAUGCAAAUACUUCAUUUGCAUUUCUUAACACUAACGCCUUUUAUAGAGUAAUAGACUUUUUUCUGAAUAUUUCAUGUGCUUGUCUAACAAAAGGGAAAUAAUGUAGAGCAGGUACUCAUUAAAUGACACCAUUUUAUUCUACAGUAAUAGUAAUUGCUGUGUAGAAGCAUUGCCACUUUUCACAGUGCCUCUUUACUUGGUUAGAGUUGGAGUGACUGACAGUUCUGAAGUUACCAAUAUUCUGGCCAUGUGCCUAUAGUCAUUAAUGGCAUUUAUAACAUUUUAUAAAGCCUCUUGAUGUGCAUUACUAGCUGAUAGCCCUAAUCUUGCAAGGUUGAUAUUUGUACCUUCACUCUCUUCAUUCAUGUGGCCUCCUCCAAUAUGAGAGGUGUGAGUAAUUCAUUAUUCAAUCAGUUUGACUUAUCUGAUAUAUUUUGGCUCAUGUGAAGGGAUAUAAACACUAAGCUUCCUCGUAUGUCAUCUGGACAAGCUUCAGAUUCUUGAAGGUUUUUUUAAUUUCUGUAACAUUGAGGGGUUACAUCAAGUUCACUUGGUCAGAGCUGGAGUUGGGUCUGAAAUAAGCCAUAAGUCAUUUCCCCUAGAAAAGAUUUCCAAGUGAUAAUACCUGAACAGUUUUACAGAAUUUUAAUCUGAGUUUUCUAAAGGAAUACACAGGUUGGUUGUAUCUGUGAUUUUAAGGUGUUCUUUAAUUUCACAGUUCUGCUUACCUUUCCAUCUUCAUGUGUGCAAUGUCUUCUUUGACCUAUUCUGUAAUAUCUAUAGGUUAAGAACAGUCAAGUUUUUGUGCAUAACUUUAAUUAUUGUUUAGGAUUUUUGUGUGUUGCUCCUAUUCAGUCUGCACAUUGUCAAAGAAAAAAUCCAGUAGGAGCUUUUUUACUUAAUAGGGUUGCCUUUGUCCAGUGUUUUAUUGAUUUACUUUUUAUGUCUGACAGAAACAUCCCAAAAGUGUUAGUGUCCAGCAGCAUACAGCAUUGCACAAGUGGAAAGGCAUAUUAUGCAUUUUUGUCUUCCUCUGAAGCAUCAAAUAUAAGUCACCAUGGGAGGCAAGAUAUUGCAUUUGGUAGUUCAGUGUGACAAAUCUUAAAUUCUAACUGUGGAUCUGUAGAUGAUGUACUUGGAUUUAGAGAGAAUUAGUUACUUACAAUAUGUUGAGAAUUUUUUGAAGGUAAUAUCUAUGGGCAUACAUAUUUUCCCUUUUCAGCUAGUUAACUCAGUUACUCUAAUGGCUUAACUGCUGAUCGAUGUUACAAUACAUCCAGGCAGAAUGCAUCUGCUGAACGUGCCAGGUAUGCCCUUGACAGCCCCUUGUUCUAUACUGAAUAUUAAUAGAAUUGAUAUCAGUAUUGCAGGUGCAGUGCAGGACCGGAAAGAAAACAGAUUAAGCUUGAGCCUGUGAUUUCAAAGGAACUGACUGUUAUGUGAACUGGUGUGAUGUAUAAUAAUCCUCGAGCUGUGGGUGAGAAAAAUCACAUGUAAGAAACCGGGGGGAGGGGAGGUGUUUGGAGGUAUCUCAAAAAUGCUUAGGGUCCUCAUGUAAUAUUUAAAUUGAGCUUUCAUUUAAAACGUAACACUAUUUCCAGUCCUUUGAAUUGUGUGGAGGGUGUUCCUGUUUUCCUAUUAAAUUUUCCUUUUGUCUUCAGCCAGAUAAAUAGUAAGGAAGAGUGAUAGCUGAAAUACAGUUUUCCCGUUCACACCAGUGAGAUAAUGGCAGGCUCAUUUAUAUAGGUCAGGCCUUUUUAUCCUGAAGGAUUUCCAGUGUUCUUUAUAAUACCGAAAUGCAUCCAGGCGCACAAUCAGUACACUUCACAAUAGUAAGGGAACAGGAGUCUUAGUUGGGACAAUUGUAAGAAAACUUCACUGAAAACUUUUCCAUAAUCAUUUCACUAUUAGUCUGUGCACUUGUAUACAUUUUUUUUUUUUUUGUGAUUUAGGUGCUCGAAAAGGUGAGGGACUAGUAGCAUUCACUAGAACCAGAGGUAGUGCAGAUGCAUGGUGCUAUAAGUGUCCCUUGCUUCUCCCUGACAUUGCACCUCUGUUGUGAUUUGCAACACAUCAUGCAUAUACUAAUCCUGGGUCUGUCUUGAAGUGUUAUUACCAGUUGUUGCAAACUGUGUGGUGGAUGUGUGAAGGUGGGCUAGGAACUAGAAUCAGACCAACAAACUCUCGCUAAUUUGUAAACUAAGACAAGAUUUCAGCGCACAUUUCAAGCAGUUAAAAGGCUAGAACACUUAACUCACCAGCUAGCUUAUCUAGAAACUUAUAUGGCCUUCAUCACCAUAAUAUCGGAGUGUCUCAAUUAUUAAUGUAUUUUAUCCUCAGACACUCCUGUAGCGUAAGGAAGUACUGUCCCCAGUUUAUGGAUGGGGGAACUGAGGCCCAAGUAAACUAUACACGACUUGCUGAAGGUCACACAGAAAGUCUGUGGUUGAGCCAGGAAUUCAACCCAGCUCUCCUGAGUUUUAGUCCAGAUCCACUAGAUCAUCCUUCCUAUCCAACACCUACCAUAGACCAUUCAGAAUAACAUUGUUGCCAACUCUUGCAAUUUUAUGAGUGUUGGCUUUUCUUAAAGCCGUAGAUCCUGGAGUCAUGUGAAUACUACAAAAUCUCACUUUUUUCCUUUUUUUCUCUUCCCUUCCCUCCCUGCCCAGAUAAAGCUAAAUUUCUUGCCCUUGGGGAGAAAAUCUUGAAAAUGUGAUCCCUAAAGGAUCAAAACCAGAAGGCAUCUAAAAAGAAGCCAAAUCCAAUCUUGUGAUUCUCCCUCCCCCCCCCCC